AUGAGUUCAUUGCUUCUUGUGGAUAGUAUAGCUGGAGACAUGCCUAUCAGAAAGAGUGACUCCAAGCCCUUGAUGGUAACAUCUACUCAAGGAAAGAAUGUAAAAUCUGGACCACACUUGAGUAAGAUGAGCAGGAAGGAGUUGGAGGACAGCUAUUCUCAACUUCAAGAGGAGAGCUUGCUGGUGAAGGAGUUAUCUUGGAAGCAAGAGGAUCAGAUCAAAAGAAUGAGGACAAAACUGUUGAGACUCACAGCUGAGGGAAGGACCAGUGGAGACCCCAAGAGGUCUAGCAGGAAUCUAAAGGCUGAAGAAACUAUUGAGAACCUGAAGGACCAAGUGUGGCAGUUGCAGCGACACAAUGAGGGACUCAAUAACCGUCUUCUGAUGUAUAAACAGCAGCUACAAGUCCAGAGCUCUGGGCACUCUCUGUAUAGCUAUGUCCAGCCUCGGAUAAAUACAGGGAGGAGGCAGCUUCACACUUCUGAUGCUCGAAUUCCAGCAAAACUCAAAAGAGGGCCACCUACCAGGCCAAGUUACACAGCCCCUCCUACAUACAAAGAGCAUUUGAUGGAAGAAGUCAGAGCUGAGAUGCCUAGUGAACUUUUGUGCACAUCUAGCAGAGUCCAGAUUAUGACCAACAAUACUGUGAAAAUGGAUGAACUAGAAUUGUCACCAAAGUCUCCAGAGAAGAUGUGGUCCAAAGAUGAAGACUGUGAAGAAAAAAGCUCCUUAGAAUAUGCUCAGUUGGCCACACAGUAUAGAGCUUCCAUUAGAGAGAAUGUGGAACUGAUCCAAGUGAUGAGACUCUUGCAUGAAAGAAGCACAGCUCUUGUGGCAGCAAAGACACAACUAGCAGACCUGCAGGAGGUGAGUGAGACCACAUGGCAACAGAAUCAGGGAAUGUUAAGUACAUCCCAUAAUGCUCUGCUAUCUCAAGUGGAUGAGCUCAAUACAGAACUGAGGGAAAAGAACAAGAAGUUGGUGAGUCUGGAAAGUCAAUUGGCAGACAUGUCCGUCCUACGGAUUACAGUGAGAGAGUUUCAGGACAGAGUGGAGGAUUUAAAAAGAGAGAGAAAUCUGCUGAAGGGAAAUCAUGACAGACUCUUAAAAAACAUGUUAAACAGCAGCAGUCAGCCUCACUGGAGCACCGAUCUCAUGAAGGAACGGCUCCAGCAGAAAGUCUCUCAUUUACAAGAGCAGCUGGAUUCUGAGUUAGCGGAGAAGAGAAAGAUCUUACUUCAGUUGGCUAAGGAACAGGCUGAAAAUGCAGACCUAAAGCAGGAAGUCACUCAAAUGAUCAUGAAACACAAAAAGGAAGUAGAACUUCUCCAACAGAAAACUACCAGCACUACCACUAGUAGCAGCCAAUCAGAUCCAAACAUUUUGCAACCUUCAUACCAAGAUUAUACUAAAGAAACACAGACCCAUGAACUGAACUCUCUACUAGAAAUUCAAGAAGAGGAAAAGAACCUGUCUUGGGCUUACAAUCAGAUGAAGGUGGCACAUGCAGAAACUGCACUAGAAUUAGAAAAGACAAGAGACAUGCUCCUUUUGCAGCACCAGAUCAACCAACGUUAUCAGGAUGAACUGGAAAUUGUGAAGACAAAAGCUGAUAAUAAUGAGAGAGAACACAAGGAGGAGUGGGAGAAGUUGAAUCAACUCCUGGACCUCAAGAACAAUCGCAUCCAACAGCUGGAAGGUAGUUUUGGAAGUCACAGACUUAUGGAGGCACAGUUUAAAGAUGUGGCUUAUGGUACUCUGAAGUUUACACCGGGUCUGCAAAUGCCAGAGAAUAUGGUGAACUGUCUUCAGCUGCACCAGGGUGAAAACCUUUUUGAACUGCAUCUUCACCAGGCCUGUCUGUCACCCGCAGCCCUGUCUCAAGCUGGAGAUAUCCAGCUUGUCUCCUUCUGUACCUAUUCCUUCUAUGACUUUGAAAUCCACUGCACCCCCUUGGCUGUGGGGCCACAACCUCUCUAUGAUUUCACCUCCCAGUAUGUGGUAAGAACAGAUUACCUUUUCCUGAACUAUUUACAAGGGGCUUUAUCCCAAAUUAACCUCCACCAGACUGCAGCUCUUGACCACAAUACCCUUGCUGUUGGCUGGCUUCGUUUUGACAAAGUGCUAGAGACAGUGGAGAAAGUCCAUGGCACUGCCAUGCUUACUGGAACUAAUGGAGAAGACUUUGGGACAUUGGAUUACUGGAUGAGGCUGAAAUACCCCAUAGCACACUGCUUACAGGCAGACAAUAAGCGAUUGAAAGCCCAAGCAUACCUGUCUGCUAAUGUGCAUGGGGCCAAGAAGGCUCAGCCAAAGGAGCCCAGAUCAGAGAUUUUCAAGCAUAGGAAUCAGUUGUGGGUGGAAAUCAUCAGGUGCUGCAACCUCCAGAGCCGAUGUCUGGGGACACAACCCAGCCCAUAUGCCAUCUACCAGUUCUUCACCUUUUCUGACCAUGAUACAUCCAUCAUUCCUGCUAGCAACCAUCCCCACUUUGGUGAUCAAGCCUGCUUCCCAGUGCACAUGACCUUGGAACUGGAUCAAUAUCUCAGGCAGACGGUCCUGCCCAUAUAUGUAUUUGAUGACAACGAAUCAGAGCUAGGCUGGUUCCUUGGAAAAGCUCAGGUACCUUUGCUGCCUCUUGCACAAGAUAAAGUCAUUCAAGGUAACUUCAACCUCAAUGACCCUGUGGGGGAACCCAAUGGGUCCAUUGAACUGAAAUUGGAGUGGGAGUCUCAUUACCUAUCUCCAGAGAGUUCACUGAAGCCAGCAACCCAGUCUGUUGAAAAUUACAACAAGGCACCCCUGUCUGUGGAAAAUUACAAUGAAGCACCCUUAUCUGUUGAAAAACACAAUGAGGCACACCUGCAAGUAGAAGAUUAUAAUGAGGCACCUUCCUCUGUAGAAAAUGAGACAGACUUGCAUAUAGAACAUUACAAUGAAGCACCCCUGUCUGUGGAAAAUUAUGAGGCACCCCUGUUUGAAGAAAAUUCUGAGGCACCCCUAUCUACAAAAAAGCACGAGGCAAACCUGUCUGUAGAAGAUUACAAUGAGGCAGACUUGUCUAUAGAAAGUUACAAUGAGGAGAACUUGCAUGUAGAAGAUUAUGAGGAAAACCAGACUACAGAAAAUUACAAAGUAAACCCAUCCAUAGAAAAUAAUGGUGAAGCAAAGCUGUCUACAGGAAACUGCGAUGAGGAAAAGGUAUCUAUAGAAAACUGCGACGAGGAAAAACAGUCUAUAGAAAACUGCGACGAGGAAAAACAGUCUAUAGAAAACUGCGAUGAGGAAAAACAGUCUAUAGAAAACUGCGACGAGGAAAAACAGUCUAUAGAAAACUGCGACGAGGAAAAACAGUCUAUAGAGAACUGCGAUGAGGAUAAUGUAUCCAUAGAAAACUUCGAGGAGACAGAGCCAUCUGUAGAAAACUGCCACGAGGACAAUGUAUCCAUAGAAAACUUAGAGGAGGCAGAGCCAUCUGUAGAAAACUGUGAAGAGGCAAAACAAUCUAUAGAAAAUGAAAAUGAGAUGCCCCUGUUGGUAGAAGAUUAUAAUAAAGCACCUGAACCUAUAGAAAAUUACAAUGAUAAACCUAUAGAGAUUCCAGCUGAAGAAGAAAACAUUUUAUUUCACCAGCAGGCCAAUAAGGGGAAAUCGUCAGGUGUGUCUGAGGAUGAGCCAGAGGAAUGUUACCCAGAAGCAGAGCAUCGAGAGUCUCCAUCUGACACUGCAGCUAAUCAACCUUCCGAACAAGGUGAUGAAGUCAGUGAAACACAGACAACAGACAGCGAUGAUGUCAUAGUGACACCCCUGUCUCAAAAAGGGCCUAAGACAAAUUCAGACAAAAUUUGCAUUGAAAUUGUGUCCUUGGCCUUUGACCCUGAGGCUGAAGUGAUGUCUGAUGAGAGCAUCCAGCAGGUGUACGUGGAGUACAAGUUUCAUGAUUUGCCUUUGUCAGAGACAGAGACACCUGUGUCUCUUCGGAAACCCAGGGCAGGGGAAGAUAUCCACUUUCAUUUCAACAAAGUGAUAGACCUCAACCCAGCAGAACAUGGAGACCGAAGGAAGUUUCUCUUUUCUAUGUUGCAAGACAAAAAUCCUGAGCAGAGGCAAUUGAAGUUUAUAGUGGUGAGUGAGCCUGAAGAGCAAAAGAACGAAUGUCAAGAAGUAGGCUAUGCUUACUUGGAACUGUGGCAGAUCCUGGAUACAGGAAGAGACAUUUUAGAACAAGAGAUAGACAUUGUCAACCCUCAGGACAAAGCCACCUCCAUUGGAAAACUGAAAGUGUCCCUUCAAGCAACUGAUGCACUUCAGGCCAUUUUCAAGGAGAUGAAUGAAGAUAUGCAUUUGUGAUGUAGCAGAUGCAAGGGGUCUCGUCUAGAACUGAAUAUAUCACAGGGUCAUUUUGAGGGGACCAUUGUAAAAGUCUGCUUACAAAGUGCUUUGUGAUUCCACAGAUUUAUACCCCUAUACACUUAAUUAGUGACAUCUAAUCUCUCCCUCACUAUCAUGGAGAAAGCCU